UCAAUCUCAAGUGCUUUGCGUUAAUGCGAAUAUAUAUCACAUCACAUCGUAUACUUAAUGGUUUUUUUCUUUAAUUUCUUGUAAAUUCUAAUUUCUUUAAUUGAAUUUAUCAUUUUUUAAGUUAAACAAUAUUUUACACUACGUUAUCAGUGUUGAAGUGUUGAUACAAUUUUAUAUUAAAGUGUUUUAAAUGGACAUUCUUGGAGAUAUAUUUUAUGACAUAAUUUUCAAGAAUGAUGCAGAUCAUGUAACUCUUGCGGUUUAUUUGUGAUCACAAAUGAGUUAAAAAGGAAUCAUGAGCUGGCUGCGGAAUACUUCCUUCUCAUUCGCGCGGCAGCUGUCUCGCUCUCUUGACCCUCGGCACGACUAUGAGCCUCAAGCAUGUUAUAAUUCUUUCUGCAAGCAUUGGCAACAAGCAAAUGAUAUUAUACUUAAAUCUCAGCCCGAACAUCUUCACGACGAUGUGUUAGCAGUAGUAAACCACCUAGAACAGCUGGCCACAUUGCUGGUGCUGGAAGCGAGGGCUCGAGAGAUCAACACGAGGAUCAACCAAGCCACCUGCCUUGAACACCUGCUCAGUGAAAACCUAUUGGACAAACUGUAUGAGUGGGCAAUAUGUACUGGCAAAUACGAAAACGCAGUCCGAUUAGAAGAACUCAAAGUAUUCGGAAUCCUCAUCAGUCACUACAGCUCACAGGUUAUCGCCGCAGAACCUUUUCUGAGGCCUCUGUUGAAGCUUCUCAGCAGCUUUAGAAAUGAAUUGCCACCCCCUAAUCUAGAAUGUCAGUUGGUGACUGUAUUGAAUCAGCUGUGCGUGGCGCUGAUGCAGAAUAUGAAGUUCAUUGACCUAUUCUUUUUGACGACUCAUACGCAGAAUGGAUCAAAGUCUGAAUUCAUCAUAGUGCGCUUGUUACUUACGUCGGUACACCGGGAGGGCAGUACGGGCUCAGCCGCCCGGGACGCACUGCUACUGUGCGCGAAUAUGUCGUCACGGUGUAUACAGCUUGCAGAGUAUAUGCUGGCUGGCAACACGUGUCCUGUAUUAGCUACUGGUCUCAGUGGUCUAUACUCGCUGUUGCCACGAACGCUGGGCGAACGAGUGUACCGACUGACACCUGACGACGUCAACCAAGUGCACAAGCUGACUCUUUUCAUAGACUCACUAGAGUUCUGCAAUGCUGUCGCACAGGUGGCGCAUCCAUCAAUUAAGAAACAUCUCCUGGACCUGCUAUACCAAGGUUUCUUGGUGCCUGUGCUAGGUCCAGCGCUACUUCAGAGCAAGCCGGGGUUGCAGAGCGGCGCGGGCGAGCAGGCGGCCGGCGCCGCACACCUCGAGCUGGUGGUGCGCUGCGUGGGCCGCCGCGGCCUGCUGCGGCCGGCGCUGCACUUCCUCUUCCAGUACCGGUACGACGGACGCGCAGUCGCCGACGUGCUGCUGGCCAGGCUCGACGCCACCCAACAGUUGUCUCUUGUAUCCCUCUCGCUGAUGGAGACCCUCAUCGACCUAAAUUGCGAAGACGUUAUGAUCGAGCUGGUCUACAAAUACCUUCUAAAUGGUCACCACUUGAUGUCUUCACACAAACACAAGAUAGCCGAUCCUGAACCUUACAGAGAAGCCGUUAGCGCAUUCUUAAGUUUGACACCAAGAUGCUGCUCGAGACCAUUGGAGAAGACCAGGGAAUGGGUAGAUGAGCUGUCUGUAAGUGGAAGAAGGAUUUUGGACUUCAAAAGAGAGGAUGAAACAAGAAGAAUAAAUGGUUUCAAUGAAGAUAUUGUAUUGAAUAAUCUAGUCCAGGAAGUUAAGUUUAAUUAUGGGAACCCAAACGAAACACUAUACGGCAACUACCACGCGUACUUAUGCGAUGCUCGAUUUGAAAUAGUAUCUCGAACAAUUGCCUGCUCCGAUUGGACAUCCCGGUAUGACACAGCAUCGACACCUAAAAUAGAAACAAAUAAUAAUUCUAAAGAAAUGAGAGAACCUGAUACACACAUAGUGAAAGAACCGGACAGCCUUAUAUCUUGUACUAGUGGUUAUGACACUCUUAAAACGAGUGAUACAUCUGAAAAGGAGCAGCAUAGUUUAACAUCACUAGUGGAGAAUAUAGAAGAGAAGCCUUGUGAACAAGUUAGUGAGGUGAAAGAUCACGAUAGUUUGACGUCAGUUGGAGAGAGCAGUGGAUAUGAAAGCUUUCGUUAUAGGCUUGAAGAAAGUGAAGAAAACGAAGGGUAUGCUGAAGAGUCGUUUAGAAAGAUAUUCUCUAAGAGCAUGAAUGAUGAGAGUUAUGAAGCUGAAAUGUCGCCUGUGAAGAGUUGGAAUUCAAGCGCUGAAUCCAUUAUCGGCCCACUUCUAAGUUAUCUUCUAAAAAAGGCAGCAUCUCUCCUCGAGUCGGACGUGACUACCAACUGUCGGGUGACAAGUGUGAUCUCCAAACUGGCAUCGUUGCCAACGCCAUUGUUAAUGUCACUACUGCUCUGUCCAGGGUUCGUGCUCCAGCCGAAUGUGCCUUCACUUUUCCAGAUUUUAAGCAAAUUGAAAGAAGAAGUAGAUGAACUGACCAAUGGAUUAGACAAUACUAACGAAUUAGUAGAUAAGGCGCGGGCGUUCCUCAUGCAGAGGGAAAUGGCACUAGUGAAGUCGCGAGGACCGGCCAGUGAUGACAGUCUUACACGCACUGAGUCCCCACCACAAAAACCGGAGCAGUCCCCGUUCAAGCGAAUGGACUCCAAACGGCGAAGUAUCUCCACCAGCCUCUCAAACAUGUUCAAUAGAAGAUCCUCAACUUCAUCACCACACGGACCUCAUAGCCUGCACAAUGCAAGUUACCACGCCAGUCCUCAAAAACGACUGGUGUUCACCCAAGAAGAGUACUGGAACCAAUCUAUCACCCUACGAUCAGUACUCAACGCGGUAAUACUCGACGAGUGGGUGAAGGAACUCGCCGCUUUAUCGGAGGAACAUGCCCUAAGACUCUCAGCGCAAAACUACGAGGACGAUACGUAUAUUAGAAGUGUAGGGUUAUGACUGCGGGCGAUCGCCGCUGGCGGGUUUAAAAAUAGCGGUACACCUUCAAAAGCAGGUGAUACUUAUGUUUGAACAUCGUCAUCAUCAUUAUUCAUUCAUUGAUCACUAACCAUAGGCUGUAUUAAAUUUGUACUAAGUACAAGACGGGAGAACUGUGAAUCCAUCUUGUAUGUAGAAUUUUCUAGAAUGUAUGCCUAUGUAUGCGUGGAUGUAUGGUUGUUAUGUUCCUAACUUCUAAUAUAAAGCGAUUAGAAUUUGUAUGGAACAAUAUUUGCCUGCUCUUCGAAAAAAGAAGGUAAUAUUUUUCGAACAUAUAUAUGUCCAAGUUUUACGCAACGUGC